AUGAACUUUCUGCUCUCCUGGGUGCACUGGAUCCUGGCCUUGCUGCUCUACCUCCACCAUGCCAAGUGGUCCCAGGCAGCGCCCAUGGCGGAAGGAGAGCAGAAACCGCGUGAAGUGGUGAAGUUCAUGGAUGUCUACAAGCGUAGCUACUGCCGUCCGAUUGAGACGCUGGUGGACAUCUUCCAGGAGUACCCCGAUGAGAUCGAGUACAUCUUCAAGCCGUCCUGUGUGCCCCUGAUGCGCUGUGGGGGCUGCUGUAAUGACGAGAGUCUGGAGUGUGUGCCCACCGAGGAGUUCAACAUCACCAUGCAGGUGGGUCCCUGUAGGAGUGGGGCAGGGGCAUAGGGAGGGGUGUUGGACUUUGGCGUAGGGGAUCAAGCCAUUUUCUGGGACAUUUUGAGUAGGACAUCUUGACUCGCCCUGCCCAGCCCCUGCCUGCGUUGGGCUGGGAUGGGGAAGUGUGUGGGGUCUGAGCUGAUUUGCAAAGAAGACACCUGCAUUUCCAUGAAGUCCAGCCGCCUGCCUUCUCCCUGGCCUUUGCUUCUAGAAGGUUCAGGAGGAGCCUGAUCCUGACACAAAGGCCCUUCUCCUCCCUGGAGAGAUCUCAGGGCCUCUGUGGUCAGAGAUGGGGGCAGGGGGUGUUUGGGAAGCUGGAGGGACCUGUUUGGGUGCUAUCUGGUUAUGGGUGCAUCUUAGCCCAGCCAGGGUGAGAGUGAGGGGUCAGUUCUGAGGUGUGGGGUGGGUGGCUCUUGCAGAGGGAUCAGGGUGAGCUGAGCAGGGGUGACAAGAGGGAAGGGGUGGGGAUGGUAAGAACCACGACCCGAAUUCCCAGCCUGGCCAACCCUCGAAGCCACACCUCCCUCAAGAGGAGCAGGGGCUCCUUGAGGCCAGCAGGGUUGGGGGAGCCUGGUGGCCUUGGCUCUCUUCUACCAGAGCCCUGGUCCCCGGCCUCCAUCACCCAUCCCUGCUCUUAGAACCCCUGGGCACCAAGUGACAGGAGCCCCGGGUGUCCCAUCUGGGUAUGGCUGGCUGGGUCACUGACCUCUGGUCUGCUUCCUUCCUGCAGAUCAUGCGGAUCAAGCCCCACCAGGGGCAGCACAUCGGGGAGAUGAGUUUUCUCCAGCAUAGCAAGUGUGACUGCAGACCAAAGAAAGAAAAAGCAAGGCAAGAAAAAAAAUCAAUUCGAGGAAAGGGAAAGGGGCAAAAACGAAAGCGCAAGAAAUCCCGUCCCUGUGGGCCUUGCUCAGAGCGGAGAAAGCAUUUGUUUGUACAAGAUCCGCAGACGUGUAAAUGCUCCUGCAGAAACACAGACUCGCGUUGCAAGGCGAGGCAGCUUGAGUUAAACGAACGUACCUGCAGAUGUGACAAGCCAAGGCGGUGAGCCCGGCUGGAGGAAGGAGCCUCCCUCGGGGUUUCGGGAAGUGGAUCUCUCACCAGGGAAGAUGGAUGCAGAACAACCGAGACUCACCAUGCCGCUGCCACACACCAUCACAUCAACAGAACAGUCCUUAAUCCAGAAGCCUGAAAUGAAGGAGGAGGAGACUGCGCAGAGCACUUUGGGUCCGGAGGGCGAGGCUCCGGCAGAAGCAUUCCCGGGCGGGUGACCAAGCACGGUCCCUCUUGGAAUUGGAUUUGUCAUUUUUAUUUUUCUUGCUGCUAAAUCGCCGAGCCCGGAAGAUUAGAGAGUUUUAUUUCUGGGAUUCCUGUAGACACACCCACCCACAUACAU